AUGAACGGACUCGUGGAAGUUGUUGUAUUUGUUUCCGUGCUAGUUGCAGGACCGCUAAUGCGGAAGGUAGAUGGUGAAGACAAUUUCUUUGAGCAUGCGGAAUCAUCACAACACGUUAUGCACAUACGGAAGCUCUCCGAUAGUGACAAAUUGAGGAUCGAAUUGGAACCGGUAUGGUUUCAUUUGGAGUCGACCGAAAAACACUCCCCAAGUGAAAGCCAGCAAGUCAAACGGCAGGCAGACUUGAGACGCCCCUUUCAAGUGUAUUCCAACAGGGAAGAAUUCUCACGCAAUCAGCAAAGAAGGGAUUCGCGUUCAGACGACUCUACCAACGAUAAUGCGGACUCCUUCCUGAAAGAUUUCUGGCAGGUCGAUCGACCCAACAAAUUUCCUACGCGCGAGAUAACAAAACAGUCCACUUCAAUAGAGCAACAGCUGGAAAACACCAACUUGCCGAGUUGCUUUCGAAAGUACUUGCACGAAAUGUAUGAUCGCAACAGCAAAAGCGUCCGCCAGUUGAUGCGCUGUUUGGCACAGCAGUCGGAUGAGAGUUGUCUGGCCGACGCUGACCGUACACAGUACUUUCAGUCACCGUAUUUCGACAGUGAAGAGGACGGCUAUUACACCAAGGAUAAGCGCGUACGAAGGAUGCCCGAACGGAAGUUGGAACGGAAGCGAAAAUACAAUGAACCGUACGAAAUGUCGCAGGAAGACCCGUCGGUGGAAGAGUUAAAGUUUGAGCAGCUGUUUAUCCGCUCGGACAGCGACACUGGUGGACAGAUUUUUGAACCACUUAAAGAGAACAACGCUUCACAGAGUGAUGACAGUGACGAAAGCUCUUCAUCAAGCGAUACCCGCAAAUGCAAUGCUGACACUAAGUCGCGAGACUCUGAGUCGCAUGAAUCGGAACAACGUUUGUAUACGCAUAAUGGCCGGUUGCGGCCGGUUGCAUACCGGAGAUUGCCCCAAAAGUAUAACACACGCAGCCGAAAGCAAUCAAACUCGGACGAAUCGGGACAACACAGUAGCGGGGAGGAAAAUGGGGAAUCUUAUGAGCAAUAUUGA